UCUCUACUCUCUACGCGUGUCUAAACACGUGUCAUAACUAUUAAUUAAUGAUCUGUUGCACGCCCAAUUGGCCAAUUUAAUGUUUACUUCCUCUACAGUAACGUGUGCAUUCUAUUUCCGUGAACGUGUCCCUUUAAGGCAGCUAGCCAGGAGAAUUUGAAUUGGAAUUCCAAAAUAUUGACAUUUGUAGGAAACAACUAAACUAAUUGAGUUUCUAUAUAAUGAGCACAACAAUCAGCCUAUUCAUGGUGUUAUUGGACCUUACCAUCCUGAAAGUGCUAAAAUGUUUGCUUAUAUUUUUGGACAUUAUUUGAGUACAUUACAGAUUUCUUAUUCAGUGACUAGUGUGCUACUUGACAACAAUAGAAGAUAUCCUUAUUUUCACACUACAAUUCCAAAUGAUGAGUAUUACAGUGUUGUUUUAAGUAAGCUAUUGGAUCACUUUGAUUGGCAGAAAGUGGCCAUCAUAUCAACAUUUGACAAACAAAGUGCCUUGGUUUUACAGUCAAUAUUUAGAGCACUUGCUCAUCACAAUGAACAAGCUCAUAUUUUUGAGCCUGUCAAAGACUUAGUCUCUGCUGAACUUGUUCUAAAAUCUGCAAAAACUUGUUUGUCCACUCAUGUGAAUAGAAUGAUUGUUUUUGAAGUUGCUUCCUAUGAUAUCAUUACUGACUUCAAACAUGAUAAUUUGUAG